GCGGGGCGGAGGGGCGGAAGGAGCGCCGGGCCGGAAGGAGGCGGUGGGAGGGCGGGAGGCAGGAGCAGGCCCGGAGCUGCUGGGCCGGAGCGGCGGAGCCGCCAUGUCCGACAGCGAGAAGCUCAACCUGGACUCUAUCAUCGGGCGCCUGCUGGAAGUGCAGGGCUCGCGGCCUGGAAAGAAUGUCCAGCUGACGGAGAAUGAGAUCCGCGGUCUGUGCCUCAAAUCCCGGGAGAUUUUCCUGAGCCAGCCCAUCCUGCUGGAGCUGGAGGCCCCCCUCAAGAUCUGCGGGGACAUCCACGGCCAGUACUACGACCUCCUGCGCCUGUUCGAGUACGGGGGCUUCCCGCCGGAGAGCAACUACCUCUUCCUGGGGGACUACGUGGACCGGGGCAAGCAGUCGCUGGAGACCAUCUGCCUGCUGCUGGCCUAUAAGAUCAAGUACCCCGAGAACUUCUUCCUGCUGCGUGGGAACCACGAGUGCGCCAGCAUCAACCGCAUCUACGGCUUCUACGAUGAAUGUAAACGGCGCUACAACAUCAAGCUGUGGAAGACCUUCACCGACUGCUUCAACUGCCUGCCCAUCGCCGCCAUCGUGGACGAGAAGAUCUUCUGCUGCCACGGAGGCCUGUCCCCGGACCUGCAGUCCAUGGAGCAGAUCCGCCGCAUCAUGAGGCCCACAGACGUGCCCGACCAGGGGCUGCUGUGCGACCUGCUGUGGUCCGACCCCGACAAGGACGUGCAGGGCUGGGGCGAGAACGACCGCGGCGUGUCCUUCACCUUCGGGGCCGAGGUGGUGGCCAAGUUCCUGCACAAACACGACCUGGACCUCAUCUGCCGGGCACACCAGGUGGUAGAAGACGGCUACGAGUUCUUCGCCAAGCGGCAGCUGGUGACGCUCUUCUCGGCCCCCAACUACUGUGGCGAGUUUGACAACGCGGGCGCCAUGAUGAGCGUGGACGAGACGCUCAUGUGCUCCUUCCAGAUCCUCAAGCCAGCGGACAAGAACAAGGGGAAGUACGGGCAGUUCAGCGGCCUGAACCCUGGCGGCCGGCCCAUCACCCCGCCCCGCAACUCGGCCAAAGCCAAGAAAUAGCCGGCGUGUGCCCGCCCCCUGCCCCAGGUGGUGGGUUGUACAGAAAUCACGAGGCCGGCCAGGGCGCGCACCCGGCCCUCCCGUCUCGGGACACAGAGCCUUGCUGUAUUUUUUCUUUUUUUAAUGAGUCGGUAGCAGCGUCCGGUCCCCAGGCUCCCUCUGCCUGCACCUGUGGCCGCGGCAGGCCAGCGCGCGGGGCCAGCAGCCGGGCCUGGGGCAGCCCACCUGGUCUCUAAUAAAGGUCAACGCUGGAUUCUUACCGUG